AUGUUGGACCCGAGCGAUUCACUCGUUUUGCUGAUGGCUGCAAAGGAAAGAGAAAAGCAGAGAACUGCUCUGUACCAACAGAACAGCAACUCAAGAGAUCCAGUCAAUUCUGUGAUCCAACCUAGUGUAGAAAAACCAAACUCCUUCACUGUCACUCCUCGAGACCCAACACCAGACAGUCCCAAUGCACAAUUAAAGUUGACCACAAACACGCAACCACUCGUCUCUCUAUCAACCAAAUUCGACGGUCCACAUGUGUCCUACUCAAAGCCAGAGCUAAGCUCAACCCCUCUACGAAGCCCAAUGAACAGCUCUGUUAGUGGUCUGGGUGUUCCUGUUAGAGAUGUGGAAAUUGGAGAAGACUUGGUCUUCAUUCCACCACCUCCUGAAUUUGCCAACUUGGACUCUGAGGAGGAACCUCCAGUUCCCCCACCAAGUCACCCCGCUCCUGCUCCACCUGUGAAAAGUUCCCCUCCACCUGCUAAAACCUUCUUACCUGCUACACCUGCCCCAAUCACCAACUCCCCCCCACCAAGUCACCCGGCUCCUGCUACCCCUGUAAAACCUGCCCCUCUACCUUCUAAACCCUUACCUAUUCCAAUCACCAAUGGCUCUCUGCCAAGCCACCCUGCUCCUGCUCCAACACCUGCCAAACCCUCCCUACCUUCGACACCUCCUCCUUCCACCAAUGGCCCCCUCGUUUCCCCCAAACCUAAACCACCCAGCUGUCCUCCCAAGGCCCCAGGACCUCCCCCAAAUAUCCAGCCCCAAUCCAAAGCACCUGUUCAAUCUAAACCCACUCAACCCACUGCACAAGUGCCUCCAUCCGUCUCCGCUAGCCAGGCGACACUUCUCAGUAUCCUGCAGAAGAAGAUGUUAGAGAUGGACCCCAAGUUCUCGGCUGUCAAAGAGGUGGAGACCAACGGAGAUGACUGGAACUCUCCGCUGUCUGAUGACGAGGCCACGUCGCCCCUUACCACAUACAAUCCUAUGACAAACCGCAGUGCCACCUUACCGGCGCAAACUCGUGGAGUGGACAUGAAGGAGCUGGAAAUCAAAGCGGCCAAAAAAGCUCAAAAUUUGGCCACUUCGACUAAAUCCCAGAACAGUAACGGAUCAUCAACCAAACAGCAGUUUGGAAUGACGUUCACCGUGAGACCAGGAGCCAAACAACCAAUAACACCCGUUAUCAAAGACGGUUCGUCCUGAUCCAUUAUUCCAGAGACGUGCCUUACCUGUACAUAUGUACCUACCUGACAGAUAUUUAAUGUUUUGCACCCGGUCUGUAAAGUGUUACUGUAACUUUCUACCUGGACGUUUCUUCAGCCGUCAGUAUAUUCAGGUUGUGUCGAACUUUUGCUGCUAAAAUCGAACAAUGGAGCAACUGUGCCUGUAUACACAGAAACUUGUUUUAAUGUCAAACCUUUUCAUUUAAUUCAGUUUCUAAUCAGUUGUUUAAGAACAUCAGUUCUUAAUUGUAACUUCUGCACAAUAUUUUUGAAUCCCUUUAAUCAUUAAUGUACAAAAUGACUCUAUAGCUCUCGAUAUGAGAGCUUCUUUCAGUGGUGCUGGAUUUUUUUCCAGGUCAAAACAUUUUUACGAACUUAUAAAAAGUAUGCCUUAAAAUUUGAUCAAAUGGUUGCGACGCCUUGAACACAUUACUGAUGGUUCUUCUUAAUGAAGAAAAAUGCUUUGCUUCUUUUCAUAGCCGUUUUCUUAAUCAAAAAAAGAAAUAAUGCAAACUUUGUAUUUGCAUGAAUAUUCUGGUUAAAAGUGUAUUUGAAGAAAUAAGCUAGCAUCUGCUACGAACAGGUUUAAUUGUGUGAUAUAUGCAAUAGGUCAAUAAUUGUGCUUCAUUAAUCCGCAAACUUGUUUGUAUGACUGUUCAUGUUAAAUUGAUAUUUUUGGACAUUUAACUUUUUGUUACCCCUGAAAGUAAGAAUAUAACCGCAAUACCGUCUAAUAAAGAUAUGCGAGAGCAUAAAUAUACAGAUGACGGAAACUUUAUUGAACAGUGAAUCUUGGAAAUGUGAGAAAUAUGUCUGUU